CCUCUAGUCAUCUCAUUCGCCUCGCUGAGUAGGAAUAGUUGUAUUUAGUAAUAAGACUGAUUGUUGUUCAAUAGAUCACGGAUUUUGUGGGUAAUUAUAUAAAACAAAAAAGUAUUAUUGUUGUGUGUUAUGUGUAACGUCAACAUUAUCUAGAAAUUAUUAUUUGUCGCUCUUUUUGAAUGGUGACUUUUCGUCUUGAAGUCGAAGACGAGGAGCAUGAUAAAAGCUUAUUAAUCGAAAUAUUUAGUGCGGUAUACAGUGGUGUGUCGUGAAGUGAUUUGUAUGUAAUGUCUGACGGAGAUCCUUCUCUCGAAGAAGAUACCCCGAAGCCUUUGUUGGAGAGACCGGAAGAAAAUGUGUUUACGCCGAAGAUAGCGACGCCGAUCUUUUCCGGAAGUGUGAGGCUGCACCACAAGCCAUCCGACGUUGGAGAAACGGAGUCUUUUCUCUCUGAUGCUCAACGAAAUGAACUCGCGUUCCAACAACUGUUCCAAAAUGGCGAUGGAGAACUUGAGGAAACGGAGAAAGCGGCGCAAGAGAGGAGCGCCGAUCUGCACGCCAUGUCCGUGCUGAGUACGUACCAGGAUAAUCUCUCGCAGGAUAUGAACACCGACCGGGACAACGGUAGCGAGGCGUCAACACGGCCCGCGGAGGAAUAUGGUUGCGGAGACGUCCGACCAGACGUAACCAACAAUAAUGGGAAACCGGUGGCAAAUCAUUGCUCGAUAAUAAUGGACGGUAUUCUUAACAAUCCAUCCCUCACGUUCAACGAUGGAGUGCGAUCAGUUGACUUCGUGUUGGUGUGGGAGGCGGGUAAAGAUGACGCGACUACCCAAGAGGCCUUCGAGCACAGACGGAUAUUUGAACAGAACCUCGAAAACGAGGGCUUGCAACUGGAGAGGGAAGCACCAGCGAAUCUCUACGGCUUACAUUUCAUAAAGAUUCACGCACCAUUGUCUGUGCUAAGAGACUACAGUGAAGUGCUCAAGCUUAGGAUGCCAAUGAAGGACUGCAGUAAGAUACGCAAAGGCGGUCGAACGAAUGCCAUACUGAAUGCUGCGAUGUAUAUGUCGAAGUUUUCAGCCUUAAAGGACGUCCACGAGAAAACAAGUAGUCUAGUGGACAAAAUCGACAAUUGUUGGGACAGGCUUAUGUCAAAGAUCAGAGUCGAUCCGAACUUAUUCCCCGAAAGAAAAUAUCGGUUAACUGCGAUAUAUUCGAAGGACAAGGAGUACUUAUUCGACACAGCAUCGGAAUGUUUUUGGACGCCGUCUAUCAGGUCUCGUAUAGUGCAGUUCAUUCUCGACCGCAAGAAGUUCUCAGAAGCUGCAAACGACGAUUUCGCUUUCGGUAUCGCUAGACUCAUUGCUGAUAAUACCUACAGUGCUGCAUAUCCUUUACACGAUGGUGACCUCAAGACUCCAGGAUCAAUGCGAUAUCUUCUGUACACGGAAUGGGCAAGCGUUUCUAAGUGCAUCAAGUAUCAGCCAUUGGAUUAUGUUAAGGAUUAUUUUGGCGUUAAAAUUGGAUUAUAUUUCGCGUGGCUCGGCUUCUAUACUCACAUGUUAAUCCCUGCGUCUGUUGUCGGUCUCAUAUGUGUCAUAUAUUCUGCCGCGACUGUGUACUCUAAUGUGCCCAGCGAAGAGGUAUGUAACUAUAACUCUUCGAUAAAGAUGUGUCCGCAGUGCGACCACUACUGCGACUUCUGGGACCUUAAGUCGACGUGUUUACAGUCGCGCAUAACGUACUUGUUCGAUAACCCUACCACUGUGUUUUUCGCGAUAUUUAUGAGCUUUUGGGCGGCAUGUUUUUUGGAGCUUUGGAAGCGUUACUCGGCGGAGAUGACUCACCGCUGGGACCUCACGGGCUUCGACGUGUACGAGGAGCACCCGCGCCCGCAGUACCUCGCGCGCCUCGCGCACGUCAAGCGCACGCAGCUAAACGUGGUGACGGGUGAGCGGGAACCGAUGGUACCAUUCUGGCGCAUGCGACUGCCAGCGGCCCUCAUGUCCUUCAGCGUGGUGGCUCUGCUCAUCUUGCUGGCACUAGCCACGGUACUGGGAGUGGUGCUGUACCGCAUGUCGCUGCUGGGGGCUAACUUCCUGAGACAGCAGGACAACGUGCUCAUCACCUAUAGCCCCAUCAUGUUCACCACGGCGACUGCGGCCUGCAUCAAUUUAGUUUUCAUCUGUAUCUUCAACUACAUCUACCAGUUUUUAGCAGAAUGGCUGACGGAAAAGGAACUUUUGCGAACUCAAACGGAAUUCGACGAUUCGUUAACUCUUAAGAUAUAUCUCUUGCAAUUUGUGAACUACUAUGCUUCUAUUUUCUACAUCGCCUUCUUCAAGGGCAAGUUUGUGGGUCGACCAGGGGGCUAUGUCAAGUUCUUUGGUCACAGACAGGAAGAGUGUUCUCCUGGUGGCUGUCUCCUAGAACUUUCUAUCCAAUUGGCUAUUAUCAUGAUUGGAAAACAGUUCAUCAACACUGUUGUUGAAAUGAUGAUGCCGUAUUUGCUCAAAUGGUGGAACGUUAUAAGGACUAUAGGAAGAAAGAAAAAGAUAAAAAGUCCACUUCAGUGGGUGAAAGAUUUCAAAUUAGUCGAUUUUGGAAACAUGGGAUUAUUCCCAGAAUAUUUGGAAAUGGUGCUGCAGUACGGGUUCGUGACGAUCUUCGUGGCGGCGUUCCCGCUGGCGCCGCUGUUCGCGCUCAUCAACAACGUGCUGGAGAUGCGGCUGGACGCCAAGAAGUUCCUCACGUGCUACCGCCGGCCCGUGCCGCAGCGCGUGUGCGGCAUCGGCGUGUGGUACCGCAUCCUCGACUCCAUCGGCAAGCUCAGCGUCAUCACCAACGGUUUCAUAAUAGCCUUCACGUCGGAAUUCAUACCUCGUCUGGUUUACCAGUACACGACCGGCUCUCUGAAACAAUACGUUAACCACACGCUGACAGAUUUUAAUAUAACCGUGUUAUCAAAUCUGCCACCAACUUCGCAAUACAGGGAGACAAUGUGCAGCUAUCCUGGUUACUGGUAUUAUAAAGAUGGAGACGAUUAUGAGCACACGAAUUGGUACUGGCAUGUGAUGGGAGCGAGGUUGGCUUUUGUCGUCGUUUUCGAGAACGUGGUGGCGCUGGUGAUGAUAAUCGUCCGCUGGGCGAUCCCGGACAUAUCGGUGGAGCUGCGCGACCGCAUCCGGCGCGAGGCCUACGUCAUCAACAGCUUCAUCAUGGAGGAGACGCGCGCGCGCUCGCUGGCGCGCCGCUCCACAGUUGGUGAUGAGGGAAGCGAAUCAAAUUGGAACCACAUCGCGUCUUUAUCUGGUUCGGACUUCGAUCUCGCGGCCCACGGUGAACAUCAAGAUAUACGGGACUUGUCGAAACAUGUCGUAACACAACCGCAAGAUGGCGGCCCUGGACCGGAACACGUGUAAUUGGGGUCAUGAGAACCAGUAUGUUUUAGUAUUGAUAAUCAUUGACUUCGAAUUAUUGAGAUUAUUAAUAAUCAAGAUUUUGUAUGAUCGUCUUAUGCUUGUCCACAAUACCUAAUAAUAGUAUCACGUUACUAAUUCAUGAAGUAGCUGAGAUUAUUAAUAAUGAAGAUGAUUCUGAGUUUAAUUUUGUAAGUUGGGCUCAAGUUUGUCCACUAUACUAUAUAAACUGCACUGGCAUAAACAACAAAGUCGAACAACAAAGUCGAUUAAUACUGCAUUAUAAGAUAAUUGAGAUUAUUAAUAAUCAAGAUGAUACAAUUUUAUAUGAUGGGCUUAAGCUUGUCCACAAUACUGUAUCAUUUCAUUGGCACAAUGGAAAGCUAAUCAAUACUGCACAAUGAAAUUAUUGAGAUUAUUAAUAAUCAUAAAUUUGUAUGAAGCCCUUAAGCUUGCCCGCAACACUAAUAUUUCUCUUGUACAACUGUAAGCCAGUCAAUCUAUCAAUACUGUAACAUGAAAAGUAAUGAUUUGGUCUAGGUUGGUUCUGUUUACCCAGAAUACUUACCCUAAAACAGUUUUUCAUAAAAUAAAUAACAAAGUUACGAUCAAAAUAGUGUCUAUAGAAAAUAAUACAGUCUUUUUGCUGUGUUGAAAACUUGGUAUAAUAAUUUUGAUGUAUGUGUCGUUACAAUAUCAACGAUUAUAUGAUAUGACCUUGGGCUAAGUUUUAAUAAACGUACAAAAUCCAGUAUACUUUUUUUCAUUCGUUUUGUAAUAGGUCUCUCUGGUUCUUAUGACCUUAAUUCUAAAUAUUUGACUGAAAAUCAUUCAAAAUAUCAUUAUAUGUAUUAAAGUAGUCAUUAGUCGAAAGUCGAACUCUAAAAUAUAUUUGAAAUUUUCUUAAUUUAUUUUCGCGCUUAAACCAAAUCACGUAACUUAUUGCAAGUAUAUUUUCUGAGUAAACUUUUGUAAUAGACCAAUUUAUAAAAGAGUUAAUAUUUUAUUAUGACGAAUGAUAAAGAACGUAUUAAAUCAUAUUUGCUAUAUCUUAUAUAUAACCGAUAUUCAACCGACCGACGAUCAAUUCAACCAAUGUUCAAUUUAAAUGUAUUAUUUUAAUUGAACAGGAUUUAAGGUUACUGGGCAGUUUAUGUUCUGAUGCAGUAUUUGGAAAAUAUUUUCUUAGUUACAGUGCAGCAAAAUAUAUCAAGCUACUAGCGGAUCCGCCAGACGUUGUCCUGUUCGGAAUACAGCUACCAUGUUUAAUUGCUGAUAUACCGAUAGCAGCGCCACCUACCGGGUCCAAUUGCGUUCUCAAACCAUCCAUGAACUCAUAGAAAUGCACGUACGAAAUUUUAUCAAAUCGGUUCAGCCGUAUAGGAGGAGUUCAGUGACAAAAAAUCGCACAGAAGCAAUAUGUAUAUAAAUAUUUACAUUUUUAUUUUCGUUUAAUGUUCAUAUUUCACUCAGUAUUUUUCUAAGUAAGUUUAAAUAUUUUCCAGUUUUACUAAGGAUAAUUUGUUACAGACGUACACAGGAACUGUAGAUCUAAUUUUAUUCAAUAUCUAAGCCUAAUAAUUUUAAUCAGCUAAUUCCUUUUAUUUGUCUCGAUUUUUUUUAUAUUUAUUAAAGUUAAAUAAACUGCUAGUCUUGAUGAAAAUAUUUCUUUGUACUUAAUACAAACAUAUCUUGAAAAAAAAAGAGAGAUGUAGAAAUGUUUAAAGCCUUAUCAAAGGCUGUUUAAAUGAUUAAAAUCAUAAGCAAAAUUUUAGUACAUAGGGAGUGUAAUUGCAAAAAUGAAGAUUAAAUUCCAAUAUUUAUUUAAAACUUGAAGUAAUUUUUCGUAUAUAAAUUUUAGGUUUAAAAUUAAAUGAAUCUCAAAAUUUAUUUCGUAAUAUAUAGACUGCAUGCAAACGAGACGUAUUAAUUUAAACCACAGAUUAAACUACAUACCAUUUUUAAGCAAUAUACAAAUAAUCGGUCAAAUAAAAAUAGUUUUAAGUUUAUUUAUUUAUUUAAGCAUACGAUAAUAUACAUAUUUUUACAUUGAUAUAAACAUUGUACAGGAAGGUCCUUAAUAAGUAAAUCAACCAUUUUUUUCAGCUUACAUAGCAGAAAACCAAACCAUUAAAUAUU